AAUGCAUGCUCACCGAAUUGCAAAACAUGCACACGGUUGGAUAAUUGUCUAAUUUGCAAAGAACGUUUUUAUGGAACACAAUGUGAAUACCCAUGCCCACAACAUUGUACAACAUGCAAUUCAUCUAAUUCGUGUGGAUCUUGUGAAACUGGGUUUAGUGGACGAACAUGUCAAAUCCGUUGUCCUGACAACUGUAAAACUUGUAAUACCACAAAAACUUGCUCAACAUGUAGUGAGGGGUUUUCGAGGCCAAAUAUUGCAUGCACGUGUGUAAAUAGUAUAUGCGAAUCUUCUGUAUGCAACACUUGCACAAAUGCGUCUUACUAUUCAGAUGGCAAAUCGUGUUGCCCCUGUAGCAAUACCUGUAAAUAUUCAUCAUGCUCAUCGCUUACACAUUGUACACACGGCUGCAAAAAAGGGUACUUUGGUGCGGGUUGCCAGUUUAGAUGUACCGACAACGAUCCGAAGUGUGGAGAAUGCGAUAGAUUAAAUAGCACUGACUUUAAAUGCGUACAUUGCAUCGAUGGAUAUUAUCCUAAUUUACACGGGUUUUGUACGACAUGUUCUGACAAUUGUAUAGACACUAAAUGUAUCAAUGCCACUGGGGAAUGCGAAUAUGGAUGUCUUGACGGAUUUUGGAAUUAUCCACAAUUAGACGGACCUUGUAGUCCGUGUUCAAAAUCGUGCAUUUUGGGUAAAUGUAAUACUUCUACAGGGCAUUGCAUACAUGGAUGUCAAAACGGGUUUUGGAAUUUAACAUGCGAGUCAAAGUGCACACACAAUUGCUCAAUUUGUGAGAGGAUAAGCGGAAGGUGCUUGGUUUGCUCGUCUGCAGGCCUCUUCGGAAACGAAUGCUCCCUGACAUGUAGUGAUAAGUGCGUAAAUACAUCAUGCCAUAUUAAUGGUACAUGUACGCAUGGAUGCAUCUCUGACUUUUUUUGGACCAUUUUGUGAAAAGGCAUGCCCUACAAAUUGUGCUCGAAAAGAUUUUGACACCCGAUGCUCCAACGAAACAGGAAACUGUCUGUAUGGCUGCAGUGGUGAAUUUACAGGAGUCGAUUGCAUGGAAGAUCUGAAGCAAGAAAGUAGUGAAGAUGUCGUUCCAACAGCUGCAAUUGGAGGAGGCGUGGCUGCUGCUGUAAUAGUCGUUGUUGUGACAGCCGUGGCUGUAUUUAUUUAUCUUCGAAGAAGACCAAUACACAUAUUGCGUGAAAAUUUUAGAAGUCCAUUGUACGAUACUGUUCAACGAGCAAACAAUGCCAAUCUCCCUGAAGAAAUAACGUAUGCUGCCCUCCAGGCAAAGGUCUGUUCAACUGAAAUGUCUGCGCGCAGUCCCGUGUGUGGAGAAACGAAUGCUGAAUACCAGAACACAGACAAUGAGCAACACACGUAUGAGAUAGCGAGCUGAACAACGACUGAAGGACUUAAAUGUUAUUGUGUCAUAUUGAACAUCUCCACUUAUAGAAAGGUCCAUUGUAUCGGACAGGCCUUUAAGUAUAAAACGCGUUUAAAGAAGACAUCCCGAACAUAACUAUGGAUAGCGUAUUUCCAUUAUUCAGAAAGAUAUUCACUUGUUCUUUGUGUAUAUUUUCUAUAUUUUUACAACUUACAAAAGAAGCAUUUAUUUGUGUAUACACAUUUGAUUAGUUCACUGUUAAAUAUCUACAAUUUAAUGUAAUAAUAUCUUUUUUCUUUAGAAUACUUCUCAUAGUUUAUAUUGCUUAUUGUUAUGUAAUUUAUGUAUCAAUUUUGCUAAGCCAACUUAUAAAUCACCUUUCAUUAACAGCUCUCUGUUGAAUAUCGAUCGUGUUUCCACGAAAUAUUAAGACGUUGUUUUAAUUUAUUCAUUAAUAUAGCGAUACCAAUAUAUUGUCUACCGUAACAUAAAAUUGUAUCCAUUUUACCGGUUUCCGGUGUAAAAGAAUCA